AUGACCGGUACUCUGUGGACUCUGCUGCCGCUGCUGCUGCUGCUCCCCCCAGGAUGGAACAAAGUGAUAAUGUCUCACAAGGGCAUUGGAGAGCCCUGUGAGAACAGGAAAGAGUGCCAGAGUGAAUGCUGCACCACCAACAGCCUGAACCCCCAGAAGUUCUGCUCCCCCCAGAGCAUCUCCCUGCAGUGCCUGCCAUGGCGAAAGCCCAAAGGGUACCACUGUACACACCACAAUGAGUGCAAGAGCAACUGCUGCGUGAGGAAUAGCUCCAGCCCACACAAGUUCUGCACUGUCAAGACCAUCUUCCUGCAAUGCGUGUCCUGGCGCAAGCCCAAUGACUACGAGUGCAGCCACCAUGAUGAAUGCUGGAGCCAGUGCUGCAUCCAGCUGAACACAGCCAGCUCCAGCUACUGCAGACCUCGGAGCGGGAUCCUGGCCCAGUGCCUACCCAUAGUAAGUUCCCCUGGAGAGGUAGGGCCCUGA